GGGAGGAGAUCAGGACCGCUCAUGUGCCUGAGAGCAUGCCGGUGGUUUCCCAGCACGAAAUUGCGCAUGACUCUAAGUACACACACGGGCACGAUGAGUCCAAACCCAAGUCUAAACCCAAACCCAAGUCCAAGCCCACACACACACCCAAGCCCCCCAAGAACUCCAAUCCUCUCCCAUCCGGCGCCGUCGACUACACGCAAGGCUACUCCGACCGGUUCGUCACGCUCUCCCUCCCCGCUCGCACACUUACGAUCCACCACUACAUGUUUCCCUUCUUCUCGCCCACUCUGGCGCUAGACGACAUCCUCCACCUCCAGCGGGUGUCCUCCGCGCUCGGGCAGAGCUGGGUCGUCAGAUCCAAGUGGGGGCUCUUGAGAGUGGGGUUUAGCACCGUUGAUCCGAGGGGUUCGAGGCGGCAAUGAGGGGGGCAGGGGUAGAGGUGGAAUGAGGAGUGAGGAGGACGAGGAGGGUCGAUGUAUGCGCACUGUUGACGGGUGCGCUUGAUGUAUGCGCGCUAAGUCUUGUGUAUGCUCACUGGGGUCGAUGUAUGACGGAAGAGUGCAGUUCUCCGCACAUCGUCAUGCCCAUCAAUUCCACAGGGGAUAUAAGCAAACAACCUCGACGACAAGCUGUCCACGCACUGCGCGUACCGUCCGAAGGACCACGCGUAGCACCCCC